AAAAUGUUGUGUCUUGCUGAUAUGAAUUUGAAAACAUUUGUUAACAUUGCUUAUGGCUGACUUGGGCUGUUAUCUACAGUCUGUUAUCUUGCCUUAAAACUACUUGGUCAUAGUAGCUAAGCUUAUAUAAUAUAAUACUGGUAACCUAAAACUUAGACAAGGCCUUUUCAUUCAGCCUUCUCAAACACGUUCUCAGUCAUCUCCAUCUAAAAGCUUGUUUGCAUUCUUCUGCUUAGACAGACAUAACUAAUAGGCCACAUGGACUAAGUAGACUGGAUCCAUAUAGAAAUGACUUUUAUGGAAGAAUUUUUAUUAGUUUAUAUUUCCAGACUUUCUUUUAUACUUGUAUAGAUAAAGAGUGGACCAAAUGUCGUGCCAUGUUUGAUCCAUGUGCCACUGUUUGAAUAGGUCUGCAAUAAUUGAACGACACUAUUGUUCUAGCUGAAUUUGUUUGUUUUCCUUCUGCUUACCUGCCCUGUAGCAUUGUGUCUCUGUUUCUGUCCUCCCUCAGAUGCUGAGAUGAUUGGGAAAACAAAAUGCUUCGUCUCUGACAUCACCAACGCAGAUGUGACCAUCAUGGGCCAGCUGUUUUCAUCCGAAGGAGAGCUCUCUCUGGUUAAUGAUGCAAUUGGGUCGCUCCUCUACAAUGCAAUGUUGGAAGGUGGCGCCGUGCCCGACCUUGGCGUUGUUCACCCUCUCCUCCUCGCCAGUCACGGCGCCGACUCCCAGGGCCGCCUUCGGGAACAACUGCGACAGCUGCAGGGUGACAUUGGGAACAAGGCACCCAGCUACCUUAAGGAUCUGAUUAGCAGAUUGUCGACCUUCUCAGAUGAGCCACGCGUGGCCGGCCUGGUGGGAUUAGUGGUUUCUAUGGUAAUGGAUAUGGCCUACACUUCAUCAAAACAGUCAUCUGGUGUGAAAGGGAAGUCAGCGGGGUCUUCAUCUCGUCAGCAGAGAGUGUGGGAGCUCCAGGAGGUGAUGGAGGAGUACCUGAAGCGCUGUAGGAUCAACCUGAAUGACAAAAGCAAGCUGAUCCAGGACUCCAUCAGACUUGAGGCCCAGCUGAGCCUCACCCUCACACAACUGAAGACCUGUCUGCUGGCGGGAGACUGCGACUCCAGGUCUCUGAGGCACUGGGCCAGCGGUGCAGCAUUUCACACCCAGAUGUUGGUUCACCUGGCGGGGUUUGAGGGUCAGGCUGAGCCUCUGUCUGCAAGGGCAGCACUCGAGCAAUAUAAGGACGACCUCACACAGAUCAUACCGGCUUACAGGCGAUAUAAGUCAAAUACAGUGUGUGUUGUGAAAUGUCAUGGGGGCCUCCUGGCAUCAUGUGACCCGUCCAGUGAGUUGCCAGAGGAGGGAUCCAUGACAGGACUCACUGUGACAGACAGAGAGACAGGAAAGAGUGUGACCAUCCCUCUGUCAGAUAUGGAGGCAGAGACAGGGGGAAGAAAUGGAGGGUCUAUGUCUGAUAAAACCUCUGCAAUCGAACCCUUCCACAUUAACCUGGACCUGAUCACCUCAGAUCAGUACGCCCAGGCAUACCUGGACCGUCUGUUCUCUGAUAAAGGACCCGUGGCAGAGCUGGAGAACUACUUUAUGAAGGCUAGUGACAAUCUGAGAACGUUGACAACUAAACUAGCAUGUAAAAACAAGACAGAGGUGAGCAACGGGUCGCAAACGAGUGAUGGAGCGCAUCUUGUAGACCGGGCAGAGGGCAUGGCUGGAGUCCAAAGAGAGGAUAGAGGCACAGGAGGUACAGAAAGGAAAAAAGGAGGGAGCAGAAGACAAGAGGAGACGGAGGAAUGCAAGCGGAGAGAUGAGAGUUUGCAGCUGAGUAUUGUGGAGACACAGCCUGAUGACAGCGUUGCUCAAAGUCUUCAUACUACAACAAGUACAUGAACGGGACAUUGUCAGUCAUAAUCACAGUUAUUGAUUGAAGAGAAACAUUAAACACCAAUCAAAUAAAUAAAAUGUGUACAAAG